GAACGCGUGUUAUCUAAAUAACUCGCCUCGUCGGUAAAUAGAUGUACCUGUACUGUUUUCAAUGGAGAGUCGGGAGUUUUUCGAUAAAAGAAAGGCAUGCUGAUCUGUUCGUUAAUUCCUGGUGUAUGUUGAAUUCUUGUGAGUGCUAGAAGAUCCCUGUCUUUUUGAAUCCAUAAUCAUAUUUUCUUCGGCGUUUUGGAAACAUCGGGAGUAAUAUUCCUUGAAACAGCCAGCCGAUGCAUGCUGAGGAAUUUGCCAGAUUAUUUAUGGCGUGUCUUGCAACCAUCAUGUAAUUAAAUAAACGCAUCAUUAGAUGGGAGAAUUUUUACAUUGUGAUUUAAGCGAGGAUUCUCUACAAUUUACGAGUUUUGGAGGAAUUACUGCCAUGGAAAAUGUGUGAGGGUUACAACCCAAAGUCUUCAGGAAUUCUGUGUUCUGUGUUUCAGUCAAACUUUCACCAUUAGCGAAACUGCGAGUUACCUCAAUGUUACGGAACAAGGGAAUUCGGAAACUUUUAUGUUCCGUUCCAAGAGAUCGUCUCUAGUGCGAGAGCUCUGGAAACUCCGAAUUCCACAAAAUGACACCGAAAGUCAAAAUGAAAAAGAAUCCCAUGAGUGUAAAGCAGUCAUUCAUUCUAUGUUGAAGAGAUUAAAAGAGAAGAACUUGGAAAUUCUGCUUCGGAGUGUCGAAUCCAAGGGGCGGGAAGAGACCCCUUGUGUGCUGCUUCCAAACGUGGAAUUAAAGAUGGGGAAGAUGUCCACGGACCCCCAUGUUCUGUGUUGUCAGAUCUGGCGAUGGCCAGAAUUGACGCUGGACACAACAUUACGGCGAUUGCCGUGUUGUGAAACGGACAAAGAUCCGUUAUACGUUUGUUGCAAUCCGUAUCAUUGGAGUAUACAACAAAAUGCAGAAUCUUCAUAUUGUGCUGAAAAAGCAAAUUGUCUUACCUCAGGAAUUAAUUGGCCCAGUGAUAUUUCAAUGGAACCUGACUCCACAGAAACAGGACUGACUCCUACGUGUCGUAGAAACCACGGCGGGGAUAUAUCAGAUCUGAGUGAGGGCGAGGAGCCGGGGUCAGAGGUCACGACCCACUGGUGCUCCGUGGCCUACUGGGAGUUACGUCAGAGGGUGGGGCGCCUGUACACGCUGCACGAGCCCUACCUGUGUAUAUUUCAGGAUCUACCUCACGGGAACGGUUUGUCCCUCAGUCUGGUCCAAGAACCCACCUCCGUGGAUUGUGUCAAACGGACGCGCGAAAAAAUCGGCCUCGGCCUCGUUCUGAGCCGGGAAGCAGACGGCGUGUGGCUGUACAACCGCUCCGGGUACCCGGUGUUCGUCAACUCGCCCACCCUGGACAACCCUAGCUCGCGGGCGUCGGUUGUGAUCAAAGUGAACCCUGGAUACUCCAUGAACAUAUUUAACUACGAUAUGGCCAGUGUGCUUCGGGCAGUGAAAGAGCGGCAUUGUCUGGACGGACCAUACGACCCGACCUCCAUUAGAAUCAGCUUCGCCAAGGGCUGGGGACCUUCUUAUCACAGACAGUUCAUUACGUCAUGUCCGGCCUGGCUCGAGGUCUUACUCAACGUCAAUAGGUGACGUCACGCCAAUCGUCACGUGACGUCUGCUGCCAUAUUCUGUUAAUUAAUUAUUCAUUGAUCAUGUUAUUUUAUGGAGACAUUUUUUUUAAACUCUGGAAAAUAGAUAGGGAACAAUUUUAAUUAGUAUCACCACUACUAUGUAGUGCUAGCUCUCUCUGCUUUUAUUGUUUGUGUAUUUUUAUUUACACAAAAUACACACUUCGAAAAAUAUUGAAAAUUGAUAUAAAGGGGGGGAUGUGCAGGCGGUUGGUUGGUUCAUUAAGUAGUCAAGUACUUUUAUGCCCGAUUUAUACAAACAUGAGAAUCCAGUGCUACUAAACGAGUGUCAAUGCAUGACGAAAGACAACUCGUACGAGCUUUAAUUACUAAAAUAAGGGGGGGGGGGGGGGAUAUUGCUGUUAUGUAUGAACAAGAGAGAGAGAACAAUUGGUGCAUCAAAUGAGUGGAUUAUUUUGUCACCUGUUGAUUAUGUUUAAGUACCAGAGUCCAUCAAUUGAACAGGUGAGAACAAAAUCUCAAUAGACGCGUUAUUACCUCGGGGUCGACUCCAUUUUGUUUACUUAGCUGUGUAUAUGAUGUUGAUUUAGCUGUGUAUAUGAUGUUGAUAUGAUGUUUAUAGAUGUUACUGGAUAUAAUGUUGAUGACUAUAAUGUUGAUGGAUGUUACAGAGAACAAAUGUUGGUUUUGUCAUUCAGAUGUUUGAAGUAAAUGUUAAAAGAUUGA